AUGGUCAAGAAGGAGAAGAAGGGUAGCAAGGCCGCCGCUGCGCCCGCCAAGCAGUCGCCCCCCGACCAAUUGAUGGACCUCGUCGACGCCUUCCUCUCCGACAACGCCUUCACCUCCGCCCACCAGGCUUUCCAGAAGCAGCGCUCCAAGAGCGGAUGGAAGCCCUCCAAGAAGCAGGCUGCUAGCCCCAGCCUGGUCGCCGUCUUCCAGUCCUGGCAGUCCACCGUCAAGGCUCCCGCGGCCAAGGAGGACGACAGCAGCGAUUCCAGCUCCAGCUCCGAUAGCAGCAGCGACGAGGAGGAUGUUGACAUGGCUGACGCCGGCGCUGAGAGCGACAGCUCCAGCUCCAGCAGCUCCAGCAGCUCUAGCUCUAGCAGCGACUCGAGCAGCGAGGACAGCGAGAGCGAGGACGAGAAGCCUGCGCCCAAGAAGGUGCUGAAGCGCAAGGCUCCCGAGUCCGACAGCGACAGCAGCAGCAGCGAGAGCAGCAGCGAUAGCGACUCUGACAGCUCCGACGACUCCAGCUCCGAAGACGAGGCCCCCAAGGCCAAGAAGCAAAAGACAAAAGCUUCCAGCAGCAGCUCUUCUGACUCCGAUUCUUCUUCCUCCAGCUCCAGCGAGGAGUCUUCUUCUGACGAAUCUUCCGAUUCGGACUCUUCCGACUCCGACUCUGACUCCGACGGCUCUACGGCAGCCAAGGUGCCCCUCCCCGAAUCCGACUCCGACUCCUCCUCUUCCGAGUCUGAGUCUGAGUCCGAAGACGACAAGAAGGUGAAGAAAAACAAGAAGGCAGACAAGACGAAGGAAGCGGACUCGGCCUCGAACUCGUCCGUGACUCUGGAUAAGACCUCGCCCGAAGUUAACAGCGCCGCCGACCCUCCUCUGCCUCCCGACCCCGUCGCCUUCCGCGCGCAGAACAACCGUGGCAAGACCGCCAACGGCAAGAAGGUCCCCAACAAGCCCUUCUCUCGUAUCCCUGACGUGGUCCACAUCGACCCCCGCUUCGCCAGCAACGAGUACGUUCCCAACGACUACUCUAACCGCGCCCACGAGGACCUCAUCGUCACCAAGGGCAAGGGCUUCACCAAGGAGAAGAACAAGAAGAAGCGCGGCAGCUACCGCGGUGGCAUGAUUGACAUCACCAGCAAGAAGGGCGUCAAGUUUGACUUUUAA